GGUCAGAGUUUCUGUGUCAAUCUUCUUCUUCUUCUUUUCAUAUUUAACAGUUGAACAUGAGAUUUCUGAGCUUCAGUUGGUCCGUGAACGCCUCAGCAGCGGUGAGCGGCCUCGCACUGAUGAGAUUUGAUUAAACUCACCUGUCGGUGUGACGGCAGCGGAGUCACCGCGACAGAACGGCACGGAGGAGCCAGAGUUUACCGUGGAGCUGUGGUUCUCUGAGCGGCGGCGGGAUGCAGAAAGGCCUGAAGAAGUACUUCAUCAACAUGGACGAGUACCUGUCCAGUCUGGGGCUCUACCGGAAGAUGGUGGCCCGGGACGCGUCCAGUCUGUUCCGAGCCGUGUCAGAGCAGUUGUAUUACUCUCAGAACUACCAUCAGAAAAUCCGUCAGGACUGCGCCAACUUCAUGAGAGCCAAUAGAAGCAACUUUGAACCAUUUGUUGAAGGCUCGUUUGAGAAAUACCUGGAGCGUCUGGAGGACCCCAAGGAGACAGUGGGUCAGGUGGAGAUCAAGGCUCUGUCUCAGCUCUACAGGCAUUGUUUCCUGAUAUAUCGUUACCCAGGGAAACCAGCCACAGUGAUUUCAGAGGACGACUUUGUGGACAAGGUGAUGCUGUGUUGCUCCAUCAACGGUCAUUAUGACAUUGUUUACCCGAGGAGUUACCCCACCUCUGCCGCCCUCUGUCAGUCUCUUCUGUACGAGCUGCUCUACACUCAGGUGUUUGGGGUGGAGGAGGCGGAGCUCUGUCAGGCCAUGGAGACCUUCAGGGUCGGAGGUCGUCGCUAUAGAAACAGUCCAUCAGUGUGUAGUGAUGCUGACAUCGGCUAUGACACACCUGAGGACCGAGGACAAAGGGAGGAGGUGGAGGCAGGUGGAGCUGCUGAGGAGAAACCCAGAGCUGUGGCAGAUGACACAAAGCCUCCUGCAGAAGCCCCGCCCCCCUCCAGACUGUGUCUCACCUACAAAGUGAUGAAGUCUCUGGACGGAGAGGUUUACAGAAACCUGGAGUUUGACGUGUGGCAGGACACCUGCAAAGAGAUGCAGAAGACGGACUACAUGGUGUUCGCAGGGAGACAGUACUUCCUGGGAGACAAGUGUCAGGUGCGUCUGGAGCCAAAGGGGAAGUACUACAAUGCCUUCAUCCAGGAAGUAGGAACACACUCAUCAGCUGUCACUGUCUUCAUCGAGGAGCUGGGAGAGAAACACCUGGUUCCUCUGACGGAUCUGAAACCAGUGAAUCCAGUUCCUGCCUGGAACGUUGCUGCUCCCAUUAGAAAAGGAGAUCUGGACUCAGACUCUCGUGGUCAGCGCCAUCACCGUCAUCGUUACUUCAGGAAGUCUCGGGGUAGCAGUGGGUUGAAGGGGGCGGAGCUGCUGUUGCCACCGCCCUCUUCAUACGGAGGGCCCGCCCCCUCCACUCUGCCCCCUCGCUUCCAGCCGGCAGGGCAUCCCCGCCCACCCCCUCCUCCAUCACCCGGAACAAUGACCUAUGACCCCUAUGCCCCCCCACACCACCAUCCCCAUACAGCUAGACCUCCUCGCUACGGAGCGUCCAGAAGCUCAACCCGUUUCCUGAACCGUCACCUGAUUGGUCCGCAGCUGACCUAUUAUCACCCUGGCAGAAGAUAUUACCACGACUACGAAAAUUACACCUUCAGGUCUCGGCGGAGCCGCCGUCAGCUGGUCGCAGCUCUCAACAAAGAAUGUCAGUUUGGUUUCCUGCCGGAGACGGUGGAGGAGCCGGCCGAUCUGGACGCAGCGAUCGCAUACUACCAGCUGGACGACGCCAGUGACACGGUCUUCCCGCCACUGCCGGUAUCCGAUUUCCCAAAGGGUCCAGCUGUGGCCCCUCCCCCUAACAUGGGUGCCCCUCCCCCUGGCUCCUCCUACAGAGUUCAGAGAGGGUCGGGGCCCCUCCCACCUGCACCUCCACCUGGAAACACCCCGGUCUGCUCAUCAGAGGAGGACCAGGAGGACACAAGCACUGUGGAGGACCAGGGUGAGUACACAGAGGAGUACAUCUACAGCGCUCAGGAUCAGAGCUACCAGACCUCCGGUGUUUACACUGCCACUGAGCCCCCCCCCAACCAGGAUGAGCAGGAAGGAGGACCUGCUGACUCUCCACCAAGAACAGACCUGAACUACAACUACACACAGCAGGUAGUGAAGCCAUUAGCUGUCAUCUGCUCUUCACCGUCCUCUUCCUCCUCCUCACCCUCCUCUCCAUCAUCACAUGUACCUGCAGCUGCUCACCUGCCACCAACUGCACACACACAGCCACGCUCAGCGGCCAUGACGGUCUCAGCUUCUUCUCCCUGGUUGGUUAACGAGCUGGGUGAGCCUCUCUGCACCAUGGUGGCUCCUCCCCCUUACUCCUACGACCCUAACGGCAGCGACUUUCCCCGAGACUGCAGAGUCCUCCAGUAUUACUUCAACUUGGGAGUCCAGUGGUACCAUCAGAGCUGUUGGCAGCAGCAGCAGACGUACGCCCCCACCUCACCAGAGGCCUCCUACACCUACCAACACUACCCCCCCUACCUGAGCCAGGAGCCCCUGCACGCUGCCCCUCAGUCCUACCCUGAGGCAGGUCGUGGCCCCCAUCAGCCCCCUUCAAACUACCCAGAAUCCACCAGGGCAGGAGAUGGACAGACAGACGGACACAGCAGUGGCCCCACCCCAUCUAUGGAAGGAUCCUCCCCCUCCUCCAUUAGCUCCGCCCCUCUAGGUUCCACCCCCUGCCCUGCUCUCCUGUACCCGGAUCAGACACCUCUCCCCCCUCCCCCGAUGCUUCACUUGCCAUAUGAAGCUCCGCCCCCGGCCACCUACCUACCCUCCGCUCCUCACCCUGCUCAUCCUCACCCUGCUCACCUCCCCCAUCACUCCUCUUUCCACUGCCUCCCCCCGUCUGCCCACUGGGGGACGCUCCAGACCGGAAGCCACGCCCCACGGGUUUACUGUUCCGCCCCUAACCCCACCCAUGUCGUUGGUUACAUUACAGCCCCGCCCCCCCACCAUACAGCCACACACUACAUCCCCCCCACCAUCUAACACACACAUUCACCUCACUUGUUAGCACGCAGCUAAUGACAGGAGAACCUCAUAACUCCAGACAUGGGAGGUUUCCAGGGGAUGAACCAGAGAAAACGAUUGAGAAAAUUUCAAAAUAAAAAAAAAUUAUAAUUGAAAAAAGUUCAAGCAACAUAGUUACAGUCAAAUAAAUACGUAAAUAAAUAAUGUGGUAAAUUUUCUUUUCAAAGUGAACUGAUGAUUAAAAGUUUUUUGGUAUUGAGGUUUUUCCUGUUGUAGCACGUUAGCAUGUUAGCUUCACAUCACAACAACACAUUAGCUGUUAGCUUGUGGCUAAAUUGCCUUUUUCAGUUGUUUUAUUUACAGAACUAAAUACCUCCGACACAACUCAUCUGCCUCAGUCACUUCCUGUUCCAAAUGUUAAACUCGUUAGUGAGCAGCUCGUUAAAGUGAGACAGAGGCCUCCUUUCGGUUUCCAUGGCAACACAGGUGGUAGCAUCACACGCUGUCAUAGUGACAGGUGUGGAGGGCGGAGUCAACACAGCUGCCUGAGAAAACCAGAUUUUUUGUUUAAAGUUUGUCAGACUUGAGUUUGGAGUUUGUUUGGAGUGUCAGCCAGCCAAUCACAGAGAGGGGCGGGGCUGCAGGCUGGGCAUGGUCAGCCCCUGUUUAUUGAAGAGGGGGAUGUAUUUAUGUUGAUAUUCAAACUGGUGAUGGUGAUUGUUUUGUUCCUGGGAGAAUAAAGUUUGUUUUUCACCAGCA